AUGGAACUAACUGAUACAGAUAACGACGAUCUAGAUCAGGACUUUAAUCCUAAUUUUACUUAUGAAGACUAUUUAGGAGAUGUGAAUAUUUCUGAAGAACAAGAGUCUACAGAUAUGAAGAAAAGUGUUGUAGACUUAGUCGAUGCACUAAAUAUAUCUACUAGAGGCUACUCAGAAGGAGAAAAUCUGAAAGUAGAUCCUAAUAAUAAAAAUUAUGUAAUUAGGCACUUUUUUUCAGACAAAGUUAAAUCUUCAGAGUCUUUGUUAACAACAGAUACUAUUAUGGGGGACUCUUCUGAAGAAGGUAUUACAAAUACAAAACAAAAUUUUAUUUUAACCUUGGUCAAUAUUUUAAAGAAUGCAUAUAUAGAUCAGACUGAAACUAAUAUAUCUGAGACUUUUAACACUUCUACCUCUUAUACUACUCUUUUCAAUGAAUAUAUCUCGAAUUUUUUAUCAGGUAAUAAUAGUGAAGUUGUUUUAGAGGCUAUAUUGGACUUGCUCCUUCCUUCAAGCUAUAAUUUUAAAUAUAAUGAGAUUGGUUUAAACUCUGAAGCUGAAUAUUUUGAUAUUAUACCUUCAGUUAUGUACUUUUGUAUUAUAAAUGGAUUUAUUAAUGAGUGUUUAGCUGUGUUUGAUAGUAGUAUAUCAUCUUUUAAUAGUACAACUAGUCAGAAUACAAAUAAUAUUGUUAGCUCAGUUGUACUUCCUACUUCGAGGGUUCUACCUGAAAUUAAUUAUUUGUGGAUGCAACAACAGUCAAGAAACCAAUUCAUUAUAUCAUCAAUACCAAUUUUAUCACAAUGUUACUUACAAGAAGGUUCGAAUAUGCUCUUAAAUUCGAAGUUUAUGCCAAGAAUUAUUGAAAGAUGCAUAUAUUUUAUGCUAUUUCAUUGUGAUGAAUUACUUUGCAGGAAUCUUUUGAAAAGUGGCAACAAUUUUUUGAAUUACUCUAGUACAAUUUCUUUUAAUAUAGGAAGACUUCUUGAAAUUUGUUUAAGUAGAUAUCCUGAGGAUUUUAUAAACUUAUUCUUGCAAUAUAAUGGACUUUUAGUAAUACUGAAUUAUAUUGGAGACUCUUCAAUUCAGGAUUUUCUAUUCAGACUUCUUGGUAUUAUUGGAUUUGCAAUUCCUUUGACUCAUACACUUACACAUAUUUCUUCAUCAUUUAUCGACUUUGAUUUUGGAGAUUGUAAUUUUGGAAAUAAUAGUAGUUUAGAUAUGUGUACUAAUAAUCAAGUAAACAUCUGUAAUAAUGGAAUUGGCCUUUCUUCAAUACUAUAUAAAUGGAUACUAGAGUACAAAUUUAUAGAUUAUUUGUUAUAUCCAAUCAAUGUGGAAUCCCAAAUUAUUACAAACUCUUCCUUAAGAGAUAUUUAUAGACCUUGUUUGAAAUGCUUUAUUGGACAGCAAAUAUUAGAAACUGAUAUUAAUCCUAAUAUAUUUCACAAAUUAGUUAAGUGCUCAAAUUGUGUAUUGCAUUCAAGUAGUAAUCAACAAGUAAUAUUUGGUAUUGUUGAGUUUUUGACAAGAUUAAUAGAGUAUCUGAGACCUGAUCAAAGUGGUUUACCAAUGAAUAUGACUAGUCUUGGAUUACAGUGGCAAAUAUAUACCCAAGAUAAUAGUAGUGGAAAUAUUUCAGUUUCUAUAAACACUCCAAAUAAUGUCUACUCCUCAAAUGUAAUGAUACCUAGUAGUUUAACUGAUACAAGCACGUCAACAUACUACAAAGCCUAUAAUUUAGCAAAAAGUUUACCAUUGGACUCUAUUUACAGCUGCAAUCUUCCCAUAAAAAGAAACUCCAGUAGAGAUGAUGACUAUAAUUCUAGUUAUUCCUUAAAUAAUCCUAUUACAGAUAAUUUCAUUAAUAAAUCUACUGUAAACUUUAUAAAUAAAGAUUCAGAACCUAGUGACUCUUCAUUAGACUCCAAUGAAAAUGACCUCAGGAUAGAUGCAUGCAUGCAAAAAGUUUGUCAUGCAUUACGAAAUACUUUGCAAUUUCUAAAUUCUUUAAUAGUAGAUUCUUCAUUAAUUCAAAUACUAUGUAAAUAUAUACUUUUGAGAGAUAAUAAUCAAGAUCAAACCAUAAGUAUUCGUAUUCUGAAUUUUUUGGAACUAUUGUUAAAUGUAUCAUUUUCUCAGACAAGCAAUAUUUUGGGGUGUCUUAAGGGUGAUAUAUUACAAUAUUAUAAGCAGAACUUGAAUCAAUUUUGUAAAUUCUUGCUAUUAAGAUAUAAUGGUGAAGCUCAUCCUAAAUCCGAUAAUGCAGAUAGUCAAGCUAAUAAUAAUUCUAGUAAUUUUUCUCAAUCCAGUGUAGUGACACAGGAUUGCGUUAUAAUGAAUAAAGAGAUAAACAGUAGUGAAGAUAGCAACUUAAGUAUUAGUUACGUAAAAAGUUGUAACUAUAGAGAAGUAUAUAGCAAUAAAAAAAGAAUAUAUGGUAGUAAUUUUGUAUCGGUACUAACUAUCAUAAAACUAAUUUGUUAUUUUGAUGAUACAAGGGAAUCAAUAAAUAAUAUAAAUUGUGAAUUUUGGGACUUUCUAGUCAAUUUGUUGGUUGAAAUGAGAGAGAAUAGUUUAAUAUCUGUACAAUGUAAAUCUAUAUUGGAAUUAGGUGUUCAAUAUGGAUCAAAUGAAACUUUGGAAAUAUUAUUUUAUAGAAUUAAUAUGGUAACAAGAUUAUCAAAAUUUAUAUAUAAUGGUAUAAUUCUUAAUAAUAAUCAGAUAAAUAUGAAUAAUUUAAAUAAUAAUAAUGUGAAUAUAAAUGAAACUAUGUCAACUGAUUGUAAUGAUUUAUGUAAUAAGGUGUUGAAAAAGAAAAAAAAUAGUAUAUUUGGUCCAAUUACUAGUUUUUUUUUAACUUUAGGUCAGCUAUAUGAUUCAUUGUUACAGACAAUACUAUCAUGUGAAACUCCUAUGUAUAAGAAUAUAAAAAUGGAAUUAUUCCGUAAAUUGGUUGAGAUAAAUGAUUAUAAAAAAGAUUAUAUUACUUAUAAUGAAUACGUUUAUAAUAGUAUUCCAGUUAAGAGAUCUUUAAAUAUGGGAUCUGAAAGUUAUCACAAAGGUGAUUCAAAUAUUUGUAAUGAAAAUAAUUUCCAAAUUGGAUUUGGUAAAGACAGUAAUGAUUACAAUGAUAAGGUAUCAUGUAAUUCUUAUAAAUUUUUUGAUAAUGAAAACAAUACAGAACAUAUAGAUUGUCAACGUAUAACCACAUUAUUAUUUGCACUUUCAUGCCAUACUCAAAGCCAUUCCCUUAUAGUUAAUGAUAAAAUUUCUAAUGAUAAUAAUUAUGAAAAUUGCUCAAUAUCUCCUAAUUCUUAUAGCUUAACAUUAGAAGAAAGUGGUCUUCAUAAUCAAUUUAAUAACAGUUUCAAUCCUCAGAUAGAUACCUCCAAUAUAAAUAGUAAUAAUUUACUCAUUAAACAUUCAGCUGAUAAAAAUAGUGUUAAUAUGGAGUUUACUUCUGAUAAAACAUAUGUUUAUUUAAAGAAAAUUACUGAUCCAAAAUAUGUUCAAGAUGCUAUGAGAUUAGUUAAAUGCUCAGAUAAAUGUACAUGCCCAAUAUGGUCAUUUUCUAAUAUUUUAAGGAACUUAAGAGAACAAAAAAAUAGUUUUAGCUGUAUCUCCUCAUUACCAGUGUUAUCUUUAGAAGAAAGUAAAAGAGUUAGAGAGACAAGGAAGAAACAGAUGAAGUUGCAAGUUUCACAGAAAUUAUAG